AUGUUCCGGAAAAAAGAGCUGCUGGUGUCAUCUUAUGGAGAUACUAUGCUACCACAAGACUAUGAAGAAUAUCCUCAAUUGGCCUUGUUCUAUUACUCCUUUAUGGUCAAUCAAAACACCAUAUCAGCGGCUCGUUGAGAACUAAUUUUUGAGCGGCCACAGCCCUACGUAAUACUUAAGACCAUAGUGAAGCGAUUGGAAUGCCACGACUUCGUUCUGCGCAAUAAUUGUAAGUGGCUCCCUGCCAGUAUAAAGAACGACAUUGGGCCAUCGUUGACCUGCCCCAAUAAUGAGAUAGUCGAGCAAAUUACUCCUUUCCUUGAUCCAAGGAAAAGGGGAAGGCGUUGACUUCACUUGGGAACUAAGAGAGAAGCUAGGGGCUUCUUCAGUAGAAACACAGAUCGGAAGGCUGCGCUGUCUGAUUUUCCGCGUAGGUCGAGGCUUGACUUGAGAAUUAGCUGUAGUCAGUGGUUCGCUAAUACAAUAGACGUUGAACGAGCUGCUAGAGCUUUCCGAAAAGUCCGGCUCUAUCAUGAGCUAAGUAUUGUAGGAGCAGACGAGCAUCUCCCCAUAGCAAACUCCGAGGGUGGUCAAGAAAAUGCUGAGGGAACUAGUGCGCAAGAACAAGAGCGAAAACAACAACAUACUAAAGAGGAAAUGGCAGAGUACCUGGCUGUUUUAGGCGAGCGCGCUUACCUAUUACACCACUUUCUGGGACGAGCAUCACUCCAUGACAAACUUCGACGGUGGUCAAGA